AUGGCCCUGAUCGGGCGCCUAAAGAGUCUCUACCGCGCAGCCAACGCCGCAACACGUGCACGAAAGGAGGAGACGACCGCCGCGCGCCUCGAGAUGGACCAGUCACACCUCACCCUCCAGAAUCUGCUCUACGAGAAACGCCACCUGGAAAGGGAGAUCGAGAAGUGCAGACAAUUUGCGUCAAUAUACCAGGACGUGCCGCUAUAUACCCUAGAAGAGUUCAAUCGUCUGGCCCCUCCGGAAGCCCGAACAGACAACGAACAUCAGUUGAUGCUCAACCGCCUCAGCUUUGAACUUGCGGAACGCCAACGCCUCGACCUCAAGAAGAAGGAGCUCAUGCAACAGAAGGAAGAGCUUCUUAAGGAGAGCAAGGCCAAGGUUGCCACAAUGGACAAUGUCAAAUCCCAAAUAGACUUGCUCAUGAAGACCGCCACCGAGAUCCAAAAGAAAGUAGACGAAAUCGUGCAACCAACAUCUGCCCAAGCAAACGACGCGCCUGGCUAA